GUGAACAUCUUCCACUGUGGUUGUGUGGUGGCAGAGGUCAGAGACUACAGACAGUCUGGCAACACUAAGGUCCCCUCCUUCCAGAGCAGACACGUACUGCUACGGCCUACCAUGCAGGUAGGAACUAGCACCACAUAGACAUAUAAUGGAAAGAGCAGGCACCAUGCAGGUAGGAACUAGCACCACAUAGACAUAUAAUGGAAAGAGCAGGCACCAUGCAGGUAGGAACUAGCACCACAUAGACAUAUAAUGGAAAGAGCAGGCACCAUGCAGGUAGGAACUAGCACCACAUAGACAUAUAAUGGAAAGAGCAGGCACCAUGCAGGUAGGAACUAGCACCACAUAGACAUAUAAUGGAAAGAGCAGGCACCAUGCAGGUAGGAACUAGCACCACAUAGACAUAUAAUGGAAAGAGCAGGCACCAUGCAGGUAGGAACUAGCACCACAUAGACAUAUAAUGGAAAGAGCAGGCACCAUGCAGGUAGGAACUAGCACCACAUAGACAUAUAAUGGAAAGAGCAGGCACCAUGCAGGUAGGAACUAGCACCACAUAGACAUAUAAUGGAAAGAGCAGGCACCAUGCAGGUAGGAACUAGCACCACAUAGACAUAUAAUGGAAAGAGCAGGCACCAUGCAGGUAGGAACUAGCACCACAUAGACAUAUAAUGGAAAGAGCAGGCACCAUGCAGGUAGGAACUAGCACCACAUAGACAUAUAAUGGAAAGAGCAGGCACCAUGCAGGUAGGAACUAGCACCACAUAGACAUAUAAUGGAAAGAGCAGGCACCAUGCAGGUAGGAACUAGCACCGCAUAGAAAUAGAAUGGAAAGAGCAGGCACCAUGCAGGUAGGAACUAGCACCACAUAGAAAUAGAAUGGAAAGAGCAGGCACCAUGCAGGUAGGAACUAGCACCGCAUAGAAAUAGAAUGGAAAGAGCAGGCACCAUGCAGGUAGGAACUAGCACCACAUAGACAUAGAAUGGAAAGAGCAGGCACCAUGCAGGUAGGAACUAGCACCACAUAGAAAUAGAAUGGAAAGAGCAGGCACCAUGCAGGUAGGAACUAGCACCACAUAGAAAUAGAAUGGAAAGAGCAGGCACCAUGCAGGUAGGAACUAGCACCACAUAGAAAUAGAAUGGAAAGAGCAGGCACCAUGCAGGUAGGAACUAGCACCACAUAGACAUAUAAUGGAAAGAGCAGGCACCAUGCAGGUAGGAACUAGCACCACAUAGACAUAUAAUGGAAAGAGCAGGCACCAUGCAGGUAGGAACUAGCACCGCAUAGACAUAUAAUGGAAAGAGCAGGCACCAUGCAGGUAGGAACUAGCACCGCAUAGAAAUAGAAUGGAAAGAGCAGGCACCAUGCAGGUAGGAACUAGCACCACAUAGACAUAUAAUGGAAAGAGCAGGCACCAUGCAGGUAGGAACUAGCACCACAUAGAAAUAGAAUGGGAAGAGCAGGCACCAUGCAGGUAGGUACUAGCACCACAUAGACAUAUAAUGGAAAGAGCAGGCACCAUGCAGGUAGGAACUAGCACCGCAUAGACAUAGAAUGGAAAGAGCAGUUACCAUGCAUGUAGGAACUAGCACCACAUAGAAAUAGAAUGGGAAGAGCAGGCACCAUGCAGGUAGGUACUAGCACCACAUAGACAUAUAAUGGAAAGAGCAGGCACCAUGCAGGUAGGAACUAGCACCGCAUAGAAAUAGAAUGGAAAGAGCAGGCACCAUGCAGGUAGGAACUAGCACCGCAUAGAAAUAGAAUGGAAAGAGCAGGCACCAUGCAGGUAGGAACUAGCACCGCAUAGAAAUAGAAUGGAAAGAGCAGGCACCAUGCAGGUAGGAACUAGCACCGCAUAGAAAUAGAAUGGAAAGAGCAGGCACCAUGCAGGUAGGAACUAGCACCGCAUAGAAAUAGAAUGGAAAGAGCAGGCACCAUGCAGGUAGGAACUAGCACCGCAUAGAAAUAGAAAGGAAAGAGCAGGCACCAUGCAGGUAGGAACUAGCACCGCAUAGAAAUAGAAUGGAAAGAGCAGGCACCAUGCAGGUAGGAACUAGCACCGCAUAGACAUAUAAUGGAAAGAGCAGGCACCAUGCAGGUAGGAACUAGCACCGCAUAGAAAUAGAAUGGAAAGAGCAGGCACCAUGCAGGUAGGAACUAGCACCGCAUAGAAAUAGAAUGGAAAGAGCAGGCACCAUGCAGGUGAGAACCAGGAGAACGGUGGUAUUCAAUAUUUCUCAGCGGGCACCCCGUUUUUUUCCACCAGAAAUUCUGGGGACCCCACCCCAAAUGUAAUGACACAACCUUAAAGGGACACUUCAGGAUUUUGGAAAUGUCUCUGUGUCCAGUACGAAGGAAGUUAGAGGUAGUUUUUGCGAGUCAAUGCUUAACUAGCGUUAGCGCAGUAACUGGAAAGUCUACGGGUAUCUGUUAGCAUGCUAGUAUAUACCCGUCGACUUAAACACACACACAAUACCCCCACUUUGAAUACCACUGCUCUAGAACCGUAGAAACAGAAUGGGUAGGACAGACACCAUGCAGGUGAACCAGGGGAACACUCUAGAACCAUAGACAUGAAUGGAUAGAAGUAUGAAACAGUUUGAAAAAUGUAAUAAUAAUUGUAAGUCGCUCUGGAUAAGAGCGUCUUCUAAAUGACUAAAAUGUAAAUGUCAACAGACACCAUGCAGGAAGGCAGAGGCUAUAAGGACACUCCUGACCUGAAAUUGUUUCUGUUGUUAGAAACAGAUGAGAUUAACAUUCCUGCAACAAUAUUUUGUUGAAAUAUAAUUUGAUCUCUGAGAAAUUAAGCUAAUUCAUUGCACCCAAAAUGGUCAUUUAAUUUGUAGGAUUCAUAUAAUACAUAAUGUACUUGUCCUCCGAUUUGACCAAACAUUUUCUAACAAUGAGUUAGACUAGAAUUUUGUACACAAAUUUGUUUACAUCCGUUAAUGAGCAUUUCUCCUUUGCCAAGAUAAUCCAUCCACCUGACAGGUGUGGCAUAUCAAGAGGCUGGUUAAACAGCAUGAUCAUUACACAGGUGCACCUUGUGCUGGGGACAAUAAAAGGCCAAUCUAAAAUGUGCAGUUUUGUCACACAACACAAUGCCACAGAUGUAUCAAGUUGAGGGAGCGUGCAAUUGGCAUGCUGACUGCAGGAAUGUCCACCAGAGCUUUUGCCCCAGAAUUGAAUGUUCAUUUCUCUACCAUAAGCCGCCUCCAACAUUGUUUUAGAGAAUUUGGCAGUACGUCCAACCGGCUUCACAACCUCACCAGGGUCUUGACCUGACUGCAUUUCGGCGUCGUAACCGACUUCAGUGGGCAAAUGCUCACCUCGAUGGCCACUGGCAUGCUGUGGAAGUGUGCUCUUCACGGAUGAAAUCCGGUUUCAACUGUACCGGGCAGAUGGCGUUGUGUGGGCGAACGGUUUGCUGAUGUCAACGUUGUGAACAGAAUGCCCCAUGGUGGCGGUGGUUAUGGUAUGGGCAGGCAUAAACUACGGACAACGAACACAACUGCAAUUUAUCGAUGGCAAUUUGAAUGCACAGAAAUACUGUGAAGAGAUCCUGAGGCCCAUUGUCGUGCCAUUCAUCCGCUGCCAUCACCUCAUGUUUCAGCAUGAUAAAUUCUAAAAAAUGAAUAGCGGAAAAGUGGUGCGUGCAUAUGUAUUCGCCCCUUUGCUAUGAAGCCCCUAAAUAAGAUCUGGUGCAACCAAUUACCUUCAGAAGUCACAUAAUUAGUUAAAUAAAGUCCACCGAUAUUGCCACUUCUAUUUGCCAUAUUUUCAAUUUAAGCCUACUAGAAAGUGUGUGCCCUCAGGCCUGGAGGGAAGCAAAAGUCAGUCCGCUACCUAAGAAUAGUAAAGCCCCCUUUACUGGCUCAAAUAGCCGACCAAUCAGCCUGUUACCAACCCUUAGUAAACUAUCGGAAAAAAUUGUGUUUGACCAGAUACAAUGCUAUUUUACUGGAAACAAAUUGACAACAAACUUUCAGCAUGCUUAUAGAAAAGGACAUUCAACAAGCACAGCACUUACACAAAUGACUGAUGAUUGGCUGAGAGAAAUUGAUGAUACAAAGAUUGUGGGGGCUGUUUUGUUAGACUUCAGUGCGGCUUUUGACAUUAUCGAUCAUAGUCUGCUGCUGGAAAAACCUAUGUGUUAUGGCUUUACACCCCCUGCUAUAUUGUGGAUAAAGGGUUACCUGUUUAACAGAACACAGAGGGUGUUCUUUAAUUGGAAGCCUCUCCAACAUUAUCCAGGUAGAGUAAAGCCAGUGUGUCUAUGUAUGCGGAUGACUCAACACUAUACACGUCAGCUACUACAGCGACUGAAAUAACUGCAACACUUAACAAAGAGUUGCAGUUAGCUUCGGAAUGGGUGGCAAGGAUUAAGUUAGUCCUGAAUAUUUCCAAAACUAAAAGCAUUGUGUUUGGGUCAAAUCAUUCACUAAAACCCUAAACCUCAACUACAUCUCGUAAUGAAUAAUGUGGAAAUUGAGCAAGUUGAGGUGACUAAAUUGCUUGGAGUAACCCUGGAUUGUAGACUGUCAUGGUCAAAACAUAUUGAUACAACAGUAGCUAAGAUGGGGAGAAGUCUGUCCAUAAUUAAGCGCUGCUCUGCCUUCUUAACAACAAUAUCAACAAGGCAGGUCCUACAGGCCCUAGUUUUGUCGCACCUGGACUACUGUUCAGUAGUGUGGUCAGGUGCCACAAAGAGGGACUUGGGAAAAUUGCAGUUGGCUCAGAACAGGGCAGCACAGCUGGCCCUUAAAAGUAGGAGAGCUAACAUUGAUGACAAGCGUGUCAGUCUCUCCUGGCUCAGAGUGGAAGAGAGAUUGACUUCAUCACUGCUAGUUUUUGUGAGAGGUGUCGACGAGCUGAAUGUACCGAGCUGUCUGUUUGGAAUACUGGCUCACAGCUCGGACACCUAUGCAUACCCCACAAGACAUGCCACCAGAGGUCUCUUCACAGUCCCCAAGUCCAGAACAGACUAUGGGAGGUGCACAGUACUACAUAGAGCCAUGACUACAUGGAACUCUAUUCCACAUCAAGUAACUGAUGCAAGAUUUUUUUUAAACAGGUAAAAAUACACCUUAUGGAACAAGCGGGGACUGUGAAGAGACACACACACACAGGUACAUACACACACACAUAUAGACACUCACUCUACACACACGUACACAUGGAUGUUGUAUUGUAAAUAUGUGAUAGUGGAGUAGUGGCCCGAGGGAACACACUAAAUGUAUUGGGUAAAGUGUUAUGAAAUAUAAUGUCAUGUAAUAUUUUAAAUUGUACAUAACUGCCUUAAUGUUGCAGGACCCCAGGAAGAGUAGCUGCUGCCUUGGCAGCUAUUGGGGAUCCUUAAUAAAUACAAAUACAAAUCUAAGUGUCACAUGAUCUGUCACAUGAUCUCAGUAUAUAUACACAUGUUUUGAAAGGCCCCAGAGUCUGCAACACCACUAAGCAAUGGGCACCACCAAGCAAGCGGCACCUUGAAGACCAACGAGCUCUCCAAACAGGUCAGGGACAAAGUUGUGGAGAAGUACUGAUCAGGGUUGGGUUAUAAAAAAAUAUCAGAAACUUUGAACAUCCCAUGGAGCACCAUUAAAUCCCUUAAUAAGAAAUGGAAAGAAUAUGGCAGCACAACAAACCUGCCAAGAGAGGGCCGCCCACCAAAACUCACGGACCAGGCAAGGAUUAAUCUGAUAGGCAAGAAAGAUACCAAAGAUAACCCUGAAGGAGCUGCAAAGCUCCACAGCGGAGAUUGGAGUAUCUGUCCAUAGGACCACUUUAAGCCGUACACUCCACAGAGCUGGGCUUUACGGAAGAGUGACCAGAAAAAAGCCAUUGCUUAAAAAAUAAAAUAAGUAAACACGUUUGGUGUUCGCCAAAAGGCAUGUGGGAGACUCCCCAAACAUAUGGAAGAAGGUACUCUGGUCAGAAGAGACUAAAAUUGAGCUUUUUGGGAUGCUCUGGAUCGAUGUGUGCAACAGCGUUUUCCAGUUCCCCCCAAUAUCCAGCAACUUCAAACAGCCUUUGAAGAGUUGGACAACAUUCCACAGGCCACAACCAACAGCCUGAUCAACUCUAUGCGAAGGAGAUGCUGCACGAGGCAAACAUUUUUUUUUUAAAAGGUAUCUGUGACCAACAGAUGCAUAUCUGUAUUCCCAGUCAUGUGAAAUCCAUCGAAUAGGGCCUAAUUUUUUUUUUUUUCAAUUGACUGAUUUCCUUAUAUGAACUGAAACUCAGUAAAAUCUUGAAUUGUUGCAUGUUGCAUUGAUAUUUUUGUUCAGAGUAGUAUCAGUUCUCUAUAUUUAACAAGUAGUAUGGAGCUGCGGCUUGGAGUGUUGUUUCUUCAUUCUAUGUGAAUUUGGUGAUUUUGUUUUUUCUGCCUGUUCAGAGAAAUUAGUCAUUGAAGUUGUUAGGUUAAUGUCCCAUUCUACAUCCUGAUAUUACCACAGGACGAGCCACAGCUCCAUACUACUUGUCAGACAUAUAGAACUGAUACUACAUACUGGUUGUUAGGGAACGAUUGGUGUGUUUUAUUUUUUAUUUUUUUAUUUUAUUCCUUAUGUCUUAUUGUUAGGGAAAAAGUUUAGUCCAAAUCAGAUGUUUGGGUGCAACCAAUUUAGCUUAAUCUCAAAGAGAUCAAAUUAUAUUUCUACAAAAUAAUGUUGCAGGAGUGCUAAUCUUAUCUGUUUUUUAACUACAGAAAAGAUUUCAGAACGAUCUGAGAUGGUGGGUGUCAUGGCUUGCUGAAAGGACACGGAACGACCCCUUAACCUAAUUUGAACCAAUUCUGAAAUGAAAUAUCGGUUGCAGGUCAGGAGUGUCUGUAUAGCCUUUUCCAUGCAGGUAAGAACUAGCACAGCAUUCUAGAACCACUCUAGAACUAUAUCAAUAGAACAGGCCAUGCAGGAGAGAACCAGGAGAAGGAGAAACUUGUUCGUUAUGUUAAGAGUGGACAAAAGUGGUGAAGAUAUACUAUCAGAAUGAUGUGCACGAGUGGCGCAUCGGUCUAAGGCACUGCAUCGCAGUGCUUGAGGCGUCACUACAGACCCGGGUUCGAUCCCAGGCUAUCCCAGGCUGUGAGGCGGCGCACAAUUGGCCCAGCGUCGUCCGGGUUAGGGAAGGGUUUGGCAGGCCGGGAUUUCCUCGUCCCAUCGCGAUAUAGCGAUUCCUUGUGGCGGUCCGGGCACCUGCAAGCUGACUUCGGUCGCCAGCUGGACGGUGUUUCCUCCGACACAUUGGUGCGGCUGGCUUCCGGGUUAAGCGAGCAGUGUGUCAAGAAGCAGUGCGGCUUGGCGGGGUUGUGUUUCGGAGGAUGCAUGGCUCUCGACCUUCGCCUUUCCCGAGUCCGUAGGGGAGUUGCAGCGAUGGGACAAGACUGUAACUACCAAUUGGAUAUCACGAAAUUGGGGAGAAAAAGGGGUAAAAGUACAAAAAUAAUAAUAAAAUAAUGAUGUGCAAAGACAUUUAUUCCAAAAUAGCCUUCGAUCAUUACAGCUUGGAACAUCGAUACUAAAUUCUGACCUUUGACCCUGCUAUCCCCAGACCCUGAUCUGUGAUGUCCAUGCCAUGACCAGUGACCACCACAAAUGGACACAGGUGAGCUACCAAGGUCAUACAAACACCAACAAGAUGGUAUAG